AUGGCUGCAGCUACACCUCUAAAGAAAGCAAGCUCCACUUUUACUCGGAGAUCCAUUUCAUCGCUCAUUCAUCUUCACAACGUUGCGCAGUGGCCCGAAAAUAUUAAGGAGUCUUUUGAGAAAAAUGUCACAGUUGUGGGCGAAUUUAUUUCUGAUCGCGAAGAGGCGGGCCUUAUAUCCGAAGUUGAGCCACAUAUGAAGCGACUCCGUUAUGAGAAGUCACACUGGGAUGAUGCGAUUCAUCUUUACCGGGAGCGAGAGCAACGAAAAUGGUCGGACGCGAACGAAAUGGUGAUUCAAAGGGUAAGAGAAGCUUCAUUUCCCAAUCUCACUCGUCAUCUCACUUAUGUUCACAUCCUCGAUUUGCACAAAGAUGGCGUCAUAAAGGCACAUAUUGAUAGCAUCAGGUAUUGUGGAGACGUUGUUACGGGAAUUUCUCUACUUUCGAAUACGGUGAUGCGAUUGAGACACAAAGAUUGCAAAGAUCUCAUUGCGGAUUUGUAUCUAGCAAGAAGGAGUCUUUAUAAAUUGUCGAAUAUCGGCCGAUACGAUUUCACCCAUGAGAUACUUGGAGAAUCGAACUCCGAAUUUAUGGGAGUCAAAAUAAUCUCAAUGGCUGAACCCCCGCCUCCAUACACGACAUAUUCUUCUGACUCUAAACCAAGAUUGGAAACAACUUUUUCGCCACAUAUGGCAUCUCCAUAUGGAACUGGGCCUAGUGCACCACCGCCGGAACACCAUUACGCACAAAUCUCUCAACCGCAUUACUCUCGUCAAAUGCCCGUCUCUGAGCCAAUCACCUAUAAUCAACGUCUUCCACCUAUGCAUUCGGCACAACCACAGCCAAUGCCGAUACACUCGCAACAACAACCUGUUUACAAUGUGACACAAAUUCUCCACAUUAAAUUCGGACCAAAACCCUGCGAGGUGGUAUGCCCUUUCUGCCACACGCAUACCCGUUCUCGGAUCAAACACGAGAGUGGAGUUCUCUCUUGGCUUCUUUGUGGAGCACUCUUCUUUUUUGGUUUCUGGAUUUGUUGUUGUUGCCCGUUUUGCAUCGAUGCUUGUAUGGAUGUCGAUCACUUUUGCUCGCAAUAUCUCAAUGAAAGACAGCGAGCGAAAAUGACUGUUCCUUUAAUUUCACCCGGUGUCGAAGCCGGUUUCCAGUGUGCUGAUUGCUCAGCCGAUGGCCCAACGUGGGCCUCAUUGAAUCGAGGGGUACUCGUCUGUAACGAGUGUUGCUUUGUGCAUAGAAAUCUAGGCCGUCACGUCUCACAGAUUCGCUCGAUCAAGAAAGGUAUCUGGGAACAAGCACAGCUCGAAUUGGUUUACACAUUGCAUCAGGCGGGAGCAAAUCGAGUAUGGGAACACGCCCUUUUGGAUCCAUCCUACGUAUCAAAAGGAAGAAGAAAACCGACACAAUACGAUCCGGUAUUCCCCAUGAAAGAAGCAUUCAUCAAAGCGAAAUAUGUGGAACACGCGUUUGCCGUUCGACCGAGUAAAGAUGAUGCCCCGUUGGAUGUGGAUGAUUUGAAUAGACAAUUAUGGAGUUGUGUCAGGACAGGACAUGUUGAUACGACUUUGAGAUUGCUUGCUAUGGGAGCUGAUCCGAAUUAUGCGGACCCGGAAAGACAAAAUACUCCACUCCAUAUUGCGGCAAAAGAAGGACAAACUUUACAAGUUGAACUCUUGUAUCUCUAUGGAGCGGAUCCAGCUCAAAUCAACCACGGAGAAAUGACACCGGCACAAGUGGCCAAAGCUGAGGGAUUUGUUGAUCUCUCGAAUCGUUUAACUGAGCUAUGUUUUGAAGUGACGAAUCGUUUAUCGAUAUUCUUGUGUGGCCGAAAGCCCGAUCAUCAAAAAGGACAUCAUUUUUUGAUCCCAGAAUUGACGGGAAAAUCGGCAUUUGUCAGCCUAAAGACUUUUCGUCGACAACUGCAAGCAGUGAAUGCAAAUAUGUUUGAGAAGAUUAGUCAAGAUGUUUAUGAUGAGGUGGAUCGUCGCGAGACAGUGGCAGCGUGGAGUGCUUCAACAAAGGGUGAAGUAAACCUCGGAAAUGAAAAUGUCGUCGCUGUUUUCUUGCCUCUAAAUCCGGCUCUCUCAGCUACGCGAAAUCAAAUGCGCCAAAAAUUGGCCAAAUAUGAUACGCGAGAGUUUGCCGCUUUGGUCAUUGAUGUGCUCAAAGAAGCAAAAAGAAGAUAUUCGGGUGAACCACCGGAACCUGAAGAAGACGAAAUCGCGGACACUUCACACAACCAGGCAACAAUUUCAUCGCCAAGUGUUCACGGAUUUUCCGACGGUUUCCGAGACUACGAUGAUGUAGCUGAUUGUUCAGCGUUGGCGAGAAACGCGAAAAGAGAUUCGGGAAAAAAAAUGCGAUCCUCUUCUCAAGGGGACUCAAAUCUCCGCGACGAGGUGCUCGAACUGAGGGAAAGAGUGGCCGAUGUCGAGUCGAAAAUCUCGACAAUUACCUCAAAUAAUUCACAGAUUUUAAAAUUGGUAUCCGGUCUUCAAAACACCAUCGAGAAGCUACACGGCGAGAAUAUGGCAAUGAGACAAGAGAUGAGCCGUUUGAGUGAUGCCCAACAGCAACUUUCCCUUCAAAAACGUCUCCCUUCCCCAAUGACUCAUUCACAGCCACCAACAACCUCACUCUUCCACCAAAAUGGAUCAAAUUUGCAACAAUCGCUGAUUGAACGCGCUAGCAGUAUGCCAAAGCAAACUUUAUCUGAUUUGGAUGAUCCAGCUAGACGAAUCCCGAGAACUCAAAAAGGAUCGACACCGACUGGCCGUCGAAGUGCUGAUCAUCAAAGAGAAACCGAGCGUCGAAUCGAGAUUGAGCGUCUUCGUGGGGAAAGUCGAGAAAAAGAGUUGUUGAGGGAGAGAUUAGAAAGAGAUCGAGAGAGAGGAGAUCAUUUCUCGAACAAAGAAUAUGCAAGAGAUCACGCAGCAAGGAUUCAAGAUAUAUUUCAAGAUUCUGUCUUUCCCGACAAUAUCGUGAUUGAAACGGAACGUUUAACACAAUUGAUCCGAGUCGUUUUAAAAGACGCGCAACAAGGCGAUUUGCAACCAAAAGCUCCAACACAUGCACAUAAGAUUUGCACGCAAGUCAACCAAAUGCUUGCAAUGGUUCCAACGGGAAUCCCGGCUGCUGACGAGGCUUCGACUGCGAUGACUGAUGCGACAAUGGUUUUGGCCGCUAAAUGCAACUCACCAAACUUCAACAGUGAGGCCACUUGUCAAGCUGCGUACGGUUUAGCGAAAGCUGCCAAAACUUUGCUUCAAGUUUUCACUCCAAUGACU